UCCAGUGGAAAUAGGAAAGCUUCAGAGGAUGUGUGAACUACCUCUAUGAAAACCAGUGUCAGUAACUACCCCAAGAGAAUGACAAAUUGCUUAGUAUGCAUUGAUUUCUUGGCUAAUCAAUUUCCAGGCUCUAUUUCUGAUGCCAUUAGUAGGCUUAAGAAUCUUGUUAUUCUUCAGCUAACUCAGAAUGAGUUAUCUGGUCCAAUCCCAUCAAGCUUAGGCUACUGCAGGAAACAUGAAAAACUGGCCUUUGCUGAUAACAAACUUUCAGGAUAAUUGCCACCAACUUUAAGAUUUCUAUAAGAGCUGGACCUAACUACUCUUUACAACAAUUGCUUUGAAGGUCCACUUCCUGAAUAUCUUUCCCUUCUGAAAUAUCUCAGCAAAGUUAACUUUUCUCACAAUACGCUCAGUGGAAACAUUUCUCCGCUAGCUGGUUCAACUUCUCUGACAGUUCUUGACAUGACAAAUAACAGCUUCCCUAGUCCUAUCCCAUCUGAGUUAGUGGUGUCCACAAAUCUGACCAGUCUUCACCUUUCUAACAUUUUUUUCACUGGAAAAACCCCUUCUGAAUUUGGACAACUUGAAGAUAUCAAGAUUCUUGAUUUAUUGUUCAAAAAUUUGACUGGAGAUCUAGCAUCUUCUCUUGCUGACCAAAAAACCUUGGCCGUUUUCUUAUUAUAUCUAAUCAAUUUUUGGGGAAAUUUCCACAUGGUUUGUGGAGGAAUGGAAGGUCUUGGUGAAUUCUGUAGCGAUCCUUUCAAAACGAUACCACUACUUAACCAAGAAAUCUAA